UUUUAGGUACUGUCAAAGUGUACGUUGAUUAAAAAAUAAAAAUGUACGCAAAAAAUUAGCAAUAACAUGUUUUUGUUAAAAAAAAUAGUGCACAAAUCGUUCCAUCCAUUUCCAUUCUCAUUCGACGAAUACAAAUUGUCCAAAAUGUAUAGCCGCCUGAAGAUAAAAUGUGGAUGUGUAGGAGGUAUACUUUGCAGAUCCCUGAGUUCGGCAGAAAUAUCCACCGCUUUAAGGCCAUUUUAUUUCAGUGUUCAUCCUGAUUUAUUUGGAAAGUAUCCAGAACAAAGAAAAAUUAAUGAAAAUUCACUGCAACAGUUAAGUGCACUAAUAGAAGCCCAGCAAUCUAGUCAAAAUGUGUCCAUACCGACCCUUCCAUUUUAUUUGAGACAAAAGGACAAACCAGAAGGUAAUUUUAAACUAGUUAAUAUACAACUAAAUAGCCAAAAUGUGAGAGAGACAAUAGUAAAAAUCUUAAAUGCCUGUGAAAUCUCAACUAAUUUUAUAGAUAAAAUUCCCAGAAGUUCAAACAAACCACAUUCCAGGAACAUUGACUUUACUAAAGCCUAUGAAAAAUACACAACAGAAUUUGAAAAAGCAGCAGAGAUGAAACGAAAAGUUGAAGAAAAGAAAGCCAUCACCAAUAUUAUAGAAUGGAUAUAUGAAAACAGUGAUCUUGCAAAAGAAAAAUAUGAAUCAACAAGAGCUACAAGACACCAAGUUCAAACCUUAAUAGAGCAUCUCUGCAAAACAUAUGGUAUAAAAGAAGUUAAAUAUGACAGUGGUUGGAAUAUCAGUCAUAUCAGAGGCGCUCUACAAAGUCUCGCAUCUAUGGCCUCGCAGCAUUCAAAACAUAUGAGCAAUUUAAAGGCCAGAACGAUAGCAUUAGGUCAAUUCACUGGCGUUAGCUUGGAUGGCGAUGUGUUUCUCAAUAUUAUCGACGUCCGACACGAAUGGCUUUCGUUAAUAAAAAAAGUAAGUCAAGAAGACAGUGCCUUAAUAGAGAUUCCUAAAUAUGAGAAAGCCUUAUCCAGUAUACUAAGGAACAUACACAUCUGUAGAAGGAAAUUCAUGCCAAAAGUAUCAGCAGCCCAGUAUUGCAGCCACCUGAGACAACUGAUCACAUCAAUAGGAGACUUUUAUGGAAAUGGAAGAAAAAUCCCCGAAUCUGUACCGGAAUCUCUUAGUAAAUACGAAAUAGUUGUUGAACCGGAAGCGGGUCCUCUGAUGGUAUCACCCACAGGCCAGUUCAUCACGCCGUCAUCAUGCCCCGCGGAGGAACUCAUCCCGUUCAUCGCGACCCAUCUCGACGAAGCCACGACCCUCCUCACCGAGUAUAGCAUUAAUAAACAUGUUGAAAAGGCGCUUUACAUUGAAGUGAAAGAGCGUUUUGGGUUAUUGGAACUUAAAAAGGACGACAGUAUCACCCCAGGUCUCAUGAUUAUGUGCUGUCAGAGACUGCUCACUCGAAGCGAUAAACUAGAAACGAAACUACGUGGAAAUAUUUUGUACGUCACCCACUACUACUCUGUACUAUCGGAAGGUACAUUAUGUAUACCUUGGAAUUUUAAAUGAUAACAUAUUUGAUCAAGUGAAUCAUCAAUUUAUUGACAAAGUCAAAAUAUUUAUAAUAUUUACAGCAUCUAUACAAAAGAAUUUAUUUUAUUACAAUAUUUUAGUCGAAUAUUAGAAGAAAAUAGAACAUAAUAUUAUUUUAAUAAAUGUAGAAACUUUAGUAAGUGACAGAUGUGAUGAAAUGUCUAGUUUAAUUUUUUAAUAUGUAAAUAGUAUAAUAAUGAAUUAUUACAAUUAGGUACAUUAAAUCAGUCUAAUAAGC